AUGUCUAUGGUGACAAGACACAUUAUAUUGUUAGCCGUGGCUCGAGCGUUGUUUUUAACCCAUGCUAUUCUGUGUGUUUGGCGGGUCGUAGAACUCACUGGUGAUAACUUAUAUUGGUUGCUUAUAUUGCUAAACGUUUUGUUGAUCAUCGAAGGCGUUGUCACAGUUGUACUUGACAAGAAAAAGUUUCAAUGGGAAUUAUUUUCACCCUGUAUUUUCAUCUACGUGAUAACAGUUAUUACUUGUAUUUGGCUCUUGGAAUUUAACCUAUAUUUCAAACGAGUGGAGUAUGCAGAAAUAAAUAAUGUCACUUGUGGGAAAGGCAUAACUUCCAAAAACACAACCAUCUCUUUGGAAUUUCUCCCUGUUGCGCCUAUAAAUUUUGAUGAUCAGGAAUGGUCUUUAACCUUGCAACAGGUUUUCCUGUUCAUUCUCAUUAUUGGACGAUGGCUUCAACUACUAUUGGUCAAUAUUGGUAUGGCCGCUAACAUCCUGGAGUUCUUUAGUGAGGGAAUGGAUAUAGAAAUGAUUGGUUGUUCCAAAAUUCUUAUGACGAUGAUCUUAUUCAUUUGGUCAAUGAGUCUAAUGCAGUUCCCAAUUAAUUUAACAAUGGAAAAAGAAGAAGAGGCCCAGGUUCUUGAAACAACAGAUGUUGGAAUGUUGUCAAUGUGGAAAAAGUGUACGCAAUAUACCUACAGAAAUACGGAUGUGUGUGCAACUGUAUUGGCACUAAUAAUGCAAGACGGGUCUUUUCCUAUCAUGAGGUUAUAUUUAAUCAUAAAGUUCCAGAACAUUUCACAGGGGGUGGUCUUCUUCACUGCUAAAAAUGUAUUGGUUAUAGCUUUGCAAAUCUAUCAUUUAAUAUGUCUUUACCAUAAAAGUGUAACAGCAUCCAAGGAAAAGCAAAGUUCAUCAGAUGAGGAUCCAGAAUCAAAUAAUAUGAAACAACAGUCUAAUGAAAAUGGCAUCAACGCUACAUCUACCAUCGAUGGCGCAUUCGGGGUGGCCGAUUUGCAAAGUUCAUUGGACCAGGAUCCUGAAUCAAAUAAUAUGAAACAAAAGCCAAGUAAAAGUGACAUCAAUGAUACAUCUACCGUCAAUUGCGCAUCCAAAGCAGUUGAUUUGCAAAGUUCAUUGGACCAGGAUCCUGAAUCAAAUAAUGUGAAACAACAGAAAAAUGAGAGUGACAUCAAUGAAACCUACAUGUGAGUCUUCCAAGGAUGUGGAUGAACUGCAAAGAUCAUCUGACGGGGACCAAAGGCAUAAAUGAAAACGGCAUCAAUGUUACUUCUAGUUAACCUGGAAAUUUCUCAUAAGUUAAAUUUUUCAGGAUAGGUCCAAAAUUAUGAGUAGAAUAACUUACUAAAAGUGCUGAAAAAUCCUACUGGAGCUUUCCGCAAAUUCCAAGAUGGCGUCCAAAAUGGCCGCCAUUUUUAUAUUUUAUAUUUUUAUAUUUUAUAUAUUACAUAAAUAUAUUAUUAUUAUAGGAUAAUAAAAAAAUCCCAUAUAACUGUAAAUAUUAAAGAUAAAGAAUUAUAUUUUCCUAUAAAUAAAGAUAUGCUUGAUCAUAAGAUGCAUUUGUCUGUUUUGUAUUGACAAGGACAAUAAUCUUAUCUCAAAAGAAUACAAGCUAUUUAGUACGAUGCUAUUGCAGCCUAUAUGGUACACGGGCAAGUCGAACUACCGCAAUUAUAACUACUGCCUUAACAUCACAAUUACUCUUUGCCCAGGGUUCGAUUAAUAGAACCAACUCAUCUUAGAUAAGAACAUAAAGCUGGAGGUUCAAUAGUCAGCAGAACUACAAUAUUUAACUUCAUUUCAUUAAUUGCCUUUCAUACAAUAAUACACGCGUCCAGUUCCAAAGUCAGCUUUAAUAUUGCUCCCUAAAAAAUCACUUACCAUAUUAAUUUGAAUCGAUAUUGUUGAAAAGGGUUUUUGAAGGCGAGUUUAUUCGAGGAAGGUCUUUAUAUUUUUUUUUGGUGUAAAAUGGAUACAUAUCUCAAAUUUCACUGUAAAUGUGGAACUGCAAUACAUAAUUACAGUCAAAAUGUGUUAUUGAGUUAUCAUUAAGACUUCUAGAUCCCAUCAAGAUUAGAAAAAAUGUUAAUUCCACUGGAAUAGAACAUUAAUAGAAGGUGUUGAUAAUGAUGUUGCUUCCAUUAGAUUUGUUUACAAU